AUGGUCGAAACACUCAAAAUCGAAACAACAACAAUACCAAUAACAACAACAACCAUACUCAUUCUCCUCAUCCUACCCCUUCUACCUCUUCCUCUGCCUAUUCUUCUCCUUCGUCAUCUUCUUCUCCACCUCCUUCCCGUCGCCCACUCGUUGUCCCCAGACUGGCAGGGUGAGCCCGCUCACUCUGGCAGCCUGGAAUGUUCGUUCCCUUUUAGACUAUGCGAGGAGCAACCGACCGGAACGGAGGACGGCUCUAGUGGAGCGAGAACUCGCCCGCUACAAGGUGGACAUCGCCGCACUCAGCGAGACCCGAUUCUCCGAACAAGGCCAACUGGAGGAGGUGGGUGCCGGCUACAACUUCUUCUGGAGUGGUCGGCCCAGGCCAGAGCGACGAGGCGCGGGCGUCGCCUUCGCCAUCCGGAGCGACAUCGUGGGACGACUGCCCAGUCUGCCGCAGGGCAUCAACGAUCGCCUGAUGAGCCUCCGUCUGCCUCUCCGAGGUGGGGGCAAAUUCGCCACCAUCAUCAGCGCCUACGCUCCGACGAUGACCAACCCCGACGCCGUCAGAGACAAAUUCUACGAGGACCUGCACGCCCUCUUGGCGACUGUGCCGAAGGCGGACAAGUUGAUUGUCCUUGGCGACUUCAACGCCCGCGUCGGCACAGAUCAUACUGCCUGGAGAGGAGUGCUGGGUCUCCACGGUCUCCGCGGCUCCAACGACAAUGGUCUACUGCUGCUCCGCACCUACGCAGAACACCGCCUCAUCCUGACGAACACCUUCUUCUGUCUGCCGGAGCGAGAGAAGGCCACCUGGAGGCAUCCCCGGUCGUGCCAGUGGUAUCUGCUGGACUAUGUCCUCAUCCGGAGGCGAGAUCACGAAGGCGGUCACGGGUGCUGACGGGUGGACCGACCAUCGACUCGUCAUCUCGAAGAUGCGAAUUCGCCUACAGCCUCGCAGGAGACCACAAGGUAAGCGACCCCCAGGUAAGCUGAAUGUUGCCUUGUUGUCUUUGCCCGCUCACCAUCUUUAUUUCAGCAGUGAGCUAGCUCAAAGGCUAGACAACCUUCCUAUCACUGCCGACGCCGCCGCUGCCGAGAACGCCUCCGUGGAGAACCGCUGGUGUCAACUGCGAGACACGGUCCAGUCGACGGCACUCGCCGUCCUCGGUUGCGCUCCCCGCCAACAUCAGGACUGGUUCGACGACAACGACGCCGCCAUCAGAAAUCUGCUAGCUGAGAAGAAACGCCUACACAAAGCCUACGUAGAUCACCCCACUGAUGUCACCAAAGCUGCCUUCUACCGCAGUCGCCGCCAACUUCAGCAACGACUGCGCGAGAUGCAGGACGCCUGGACUGCUCGCAAAGCUGAGGAGAUCCAAGGCUACGCGGACCGCAACGAAUGGAAGAACUUCUUCUCUGCGAUCAAAGCUGUCUACGGUCCGCCGACGAGGGGCACUGCUCCUCUCCUCAGCGCCGAUGGUAGCACUCUCCUGACUGAGAAGACACAAAUCCUGCAACGAUGGGCCGAGCAUUUUCGAGGCGUCCUCAACCGCCCUUCCGCCAUCUCUGACGCCGCCAUCGAGCGUUUGCCGCAAGUGGAGAUCGACGUGGACCUCGACCUCCCGCCAUCUCUCCAGGAAACCAUCAGGGCUGUGCAGCAGCCCUCCAGCGGGAAAGCACCCGGAUCGGACGCAAUCCCUGCUGAGGUCUACAAGCAUGGAGGUCCCCAACUGAUGGAUCACCUGACUGCGCUCUUCCAGGAGAUGUGGCGUCAAGGCGAAGUCCCGCAAGAUUUCAAAGACGCAACCAUCGUGCAUCUCUACAAGCGCAAAGGGAAUCGCCAAGUCUGUGAAAAUCACCGCAGCAUCUCCUUGCUGAACAUCGCCGAGAUGAUCUUCGCACGAAUCCUCCUCAACCGUCGCAAUAACCAUCUGGAACAGGGCCUUCUGCCUGAAAGCCAAUGCAGUUUCCGUCGUCAUCGUGGGACCACGGAUAUGAUCUUCGCCGCCCGUCAACUUCAGGAGAAGUGCCAGGAGAUGCGGACCCACCUGUACUCUACCUUCGUGAACCUGACGAAAGCAUUUGACACGGUGAAUCGUGAAGGACUGUGGAAGAUCAUGCAGAAAUUCGGCUGUCCGGAGCGAUUCACUCAGAUGGUGCGUCAGCUGCACGACGAUAUGAUGGCGCGAGUCAUGGACAACGGAGCUGUCUCAGAGGCAUUCGCAGUGACCAAUGGAGUGAAGCAAGGCUGCGUACAGGAUCUCGAAAGCCAGUCAAGCCUUCGGUCGCCUCCAAAGCACAGUUUGGAAUCGCCACGGUCUUCAGCUGAGCACGAAGCUGAAGAUGUACAAGGCCGUCAUCCUGCCGACACUACUGUAUGGAGCGGAGACUUGGACGGUUUACGCAAAGCAGGCACGCCGUCUGAACCACUUCCACCUCAGCUGUCUUAAUCGCAUCCUGAGGCUGAACUGGCAGGAUCGAAUCCCCGACACUGUUGUGCUGGAACAGACGGGAAUCCUCAGCAUCUACGCCAUACUGAGGCAAAUGCAGCUGCGCUGGAGCGGCCACCUGGUGCGCAUGGACGACGAGCGGCUACCCAAACGACUCUUCUACGGAGACGUCGCGACGGGUUCUCGCCGUCAAGGAGGCCAGAUUCGCCGUUACAAGGAUACCCUGAAGUCCCCCCUGAAACGCCUGCAAAUCAACCCCACCAACUGGGAGGAGCUCGCACUCGAUCGACCGACCUGGAGGAGGACAGUGAAGACAGGCGCUGCGAUCUAAGAAGCCAACCGCAUCGCUGCCGCCAAAGCGAAACGUGAAGCCUGCAAAUCCCAACUUCGCCCAGUACGCAACGCCGCCUCACAACCGCUUCCAACGUGUCCUCGAUGUCAACGGACAUUCCGGGCUCGAAUCGGACUGGUUGGACAUCUUCGGAUUAACUGCGCCUCUCAAACUGCACCAACCAUCGUCCCCCCGCCUGCCUCUUCCUCCUCCUCUCCGCCUCCAAAUAACUCUGACAAUUAUUCUGACCCACCAAUUCCAUCCUCCUCCUCCUCCUCCUCCUCCACUGCCCCCACGGCGGCCGCUCAGGCGGCCGUCUCGCACAUCACCAACCGCGACACAACAACAGACACCACCCCCACCUCUCCCGACUCCAGCGAUGAGGAUCAGGACAACACCUGCCCUCACUGCGACCGCACCUUCACCUCACACAUCGGCCUGGUCGGUCACUUGUGA